AUGGAGCCCUCCGCCAUCGCAGUCAGCCAAUACGCCAGCACGAGCGACAAGCUCGCCCAGCGCCUCGCCAUCCACGACUGGAACACCUCAGACCAAGGCUGGUUCGCCUGGGCCGGCGACCGCAUCGUCAAGGUCGGCGACGUGCUCGAGGUCGGCGCCGGCACCGGCGAGCUAUGGCGCCGCACGCCGCACCCUGACGCGCGCCUCACCCUCACCGACUUCUCCGCCGCCAUGUGCGAGAACCUCCGCGGCGUCCCCGGCGCCGAAGUGCGCCAGUGCGACGCCACCGCCCUGCCCUUCCCCGACCAGAGCUUCGACUCCGUCGUGGCGAACCACAUGCUCUACCACGUCGACGACCCAGACGCCGCCCUCGCCGAGUUCGCGAGGGAGCUGCUCAACGUCGGGGCCGAGGUGGGGCGGCCCAGCGUCAUCCGCGACCGCGCCAGGGUGGUGGCGGAGACGGCGGCCAAGUACCUCGAGAAGCACUUUACCGACGUAACGUGGGAGAGGUGCCCGGGGGCCUUCGAGGUUCCCAAGUACGAGCCCGUCCUAGCGUACAUCAACAGCAUAGGUGACGAACCCCUCGGGGCCGAGGCCGAGGCAAAGGCGCGUAGAAUCAUCGAGGACACCAUCGCGGAGGAGGGCCGGUUUCGGGUCAACAAACACAUGGUUUUGUUCACUGGCAGGCGUGUAUAG